AUGCUGUCAACAGCUUGUCCAUCAUAUCCUGUUGCUAUUUCUAUUGCUGGACCAAUUCUGACAGUUCUUUCAUUGACUGGUGGAUUGUUUGCUAAUGUUGGAGAAUUACCUUCUUUUAUUAGCUGGGUACAAUAUCUUUCAUGGUUUCGCUAUGGCUUUGAAGCUUUUGCCAUCUCCCAAUGGGAAGGAGCUUUAGGAGAACAUCCAACAAAAAACUGUACCAAUUUUAACAACCAAACAAUUGCUUGUCCAACAGCCACUUCUGUCCUUCAAAAAUUGUCAUUUAACCCAGGAAUGUUUUAUUUUGAUUUGGGUGCUAUGGUUUUAUGUACUUUUAUUUGUUAUUUUGUUGGUUUUGUUGGACUUUAUAUUCGCGUUCUUAGGGCUCGUUGA